AUGCUCGGCCGCACACUUCAUGAAUAUGUCUUUAUUCGUGUAUGCAUAUUGUUGCUACAAUAUCCGAUUAUCCCAUAUAUUUUGUCUCUUGCUGCCUGCUUAGCCGGUGCCAAGUUUGGCCAAGGAGGAACUCACUGGGUAGCAGCUGCUCGUUGUUUCUUCGCCUUUAUGGUCGUUGAACUGGCGUAUGCCUUGUUAAUCUGGUUGCCAUACACAACUCGAUUAGGCGAAGCAGCGAAACACCCGGCCCCAAUGUCACCGGUCGCACGCCGAGCCCUCUUUGAUCGAUGCAUGGCUACAGUUCCGAACCCGGAAUCCUACCUUCGUGGUUGGUUUCUUGGGGCAGAGCUAGCCGACAUACACCGUGAUAAUGUUCGAGAUUUCAUACUUUGGGCCUUUUUUGACCGGGGCGAGCAUGCUAUUCCAGACAGCACUGAAGUUGACAAGGAAGCCGACGAAUACAUCACUCGCAUUGAGCAGCUGCUAGGCCGGCCAUUUAAACCAGGCCGUGGCCGAGUUCAAAGCCUCCGACUCACCUUUGAUAAGAUUGAGACCAGAUAUCGCAGCUUCUGGUGGUACAUUAUUGUGGCCAUCGUGGAUUUCAUAACUCAUAUACUUAUGGUUUUAAAUGGCUUUCAAUACUACUCUCAGCCCAAGAAGGACAUCUUUACUGUUUUCCCGCCCCGAAUCCAGCAACUGACAGCCCAAUGCCGCUCUUCGGUGGAAUUAAGCUACUGGCAUCGCUCACAUCAGCGGACUGAUUGCCUGCCAAUUGUUUUCUUCCAUGGCAUCGGUAUCGGCCUCUGGCCAUACACUUCUUUCCUCUCUGAGAUCAGCGCUGCCAAAAGACAUGGCCAUGGUCAAAUCGGGGUCAUAGUCCUCGAGAUCUUACCAAUCUCGAGUCGCCUCACGAAGCCACCGUUGAGUAAGGAGGCGUUUCUCCAGCAGUUCACAGAGAUUCUUGAUAAGCAUUCAUGGGACAAGUUUGUUCUUGUGUCCCACUCUUACGGGUCAGUCUUAACAACUCAUGCCAUACAGUGUCCAGAGAUGGAAGCAAGGAUUCCACGAGUAGUGCUCAUCGACCCCGUGAGCAUACUGCUGCAUCUUCCUGACGUAGCAUACAACUUCACACGGCGUCGGCCAAAUCGUGCGAACGAAUGGCAACUGUGGUAUUUUGCAAGUACAGACCCCGGGGUUGCCCAUUGCCUCGGUAGGUACUUCUUCUGGAGAGAGAAUGUCAUCUGGGCCGAGGAGCUAGUCGGGCGCUGUGUAGCAUCGCAAUCCCAGAAAGAUACUCGUAUUGUAGCGAGUGAUGGACAAAACAAAACGAGGAGAGUCACUGUGUGCUUAUCGGGGCAGGAUUUGAUUGUCGACAGCCACGCUGUCGCGAGGUAUUUGGCCGAGGAUGAACAGAAAGGCGACCCCGCAUGGAAACAGGCCGAGGGUCAGCAGGUCCGUUGUAACGUUGCCGGAAUACCUGGUUCGGUGAAAGGGAAUUGUCGUUCAUCUGGGUUAGACAUCGACGUGCUAUGGUUUCCCCAAACAGACCACGCACAGGUAUUUGACUCGAAACGUGACAGAAGGCGGAUUGUGGACGUUUUGCAAGGAUAUUGCGAAGAAUAA